CUUUUCUCUCUCUAUAUUCUUUCAUAAUGCGUAUACCAUUUUUCAACAAGCAAAACAAAGACGAUGCUUCCAAUGAAAAGGAGGCAGUUCAGCCUGAAUUAACAGAAAGCCUGUCACCUGUAAACUCUUUGCCUGAAGGUUCGCAAGCUCAACCUCCCAUGCAGCAUCAAGGUGCUGUACCCAAGGGUUUCGCCAAUGACACCAUGCGUACGACGAAUCGUCCCGAUGUCAUGUAUGGUUUUGAUGAUCCCAUGUGCCGCACUUUGGGACCUGUUCGAAGCACCGAUCCUACCAAUACUGGUGCAUAGACAAGUAAUAUGCAUAGUCAGCAUUUUGUCACGGUUGUUUCGAGUUUUCGGUUACUACUCUUAUACUCAGUACUCUUUUGACUUUAUUUUAUGCACGCCACCAAAGUUGUGUUGACUGGUUUUUCCUUUUUGGUGAUUCUUUAGUUACUGGUUCUCAUUCUGUUCAGCUCGCCCUUUAUUUUAUCUUUCCCCCCUUCCCCACCCACCACUUUUCUUUUGAUUUUCUAACAUUCUUUAUGUGUUCUUGAUCUAUUUUUCUUGUUCUCCGCAUACUGCAUCCUACAAAAAUGAAACAUCCAAAUAAUGCCAUUUGCGGUUUAGCGCCAUUUCUUUGCAGAGGAGAUACUCUGUUGUCGGACCAAAGUCCGACACGCGAGAGGUAUAUUUUUCGACAUUGUGUGGGGACACAAAGGAAGGGUUUUUUCCGGACAGCCAC